UCUCCUCCGCCCCUUUUUGACCCCGAUUGGGAAUCCGCAUCCGGCCCUGCGGCGGCACUCAAUUCCCCUGGCUUGCCCCCCGCCAGCACGCCCCCCGGCGCGCGCCCGGCGCCCUGAUCCCGCGGAACCGGCGAGGAAGCCCGGCUCCCUCCCGGGACCGCCGGUGCGUCCGUCCCCCCGUCCCCUCGCUCGUGUUCACAUGAUGUAUCAUGCUAAGAAUUUUUCUGUGCCCUUUGCUCCGCAGAGGGCUCAGAAUAAUGAGCAUGCAAGUAAUAUUGGAGCUAUUGGUGGAACCAACAUAAGCAACCCUGCUAAUCCUGUAGGAAGUGGGAAACAACGUCUAAGAUGGACUUCAGAUCUCCAUAAUCGCUUUGUGGAUGCCAUCGCCCAGCUUGGUGGACCAGAUAGAGCUACACCUAAAGGGGUGCUCACUGUGAUGGGUGUGCCAGGGAUCACAAUUUAUCAUGUAAAGAGCCAUUUGCAGAAGUAUCGCCUUGCAAAGUAUAUACCAGAAUCUCCUGCUGAAGGUUCCAAGGACGAAAAAAAGGAUUCAAGUGAUUCCCUCUCUAACACGGAUUCUGCACCAGGAUUACAAAUCAAUGAAGCAUUAAAGAUGCAAAUGGAGGUUCAGAAGCGGCUACAUGAGCAGCUCGAGGUUCAAAGGCAAUUGCAGCUGAGAAUUGAAGCUCAAGGCAGGUACUUGCAAAUGAUCAUAGAGGAGCAACAAAAGCUUGGGGGAUCAUUCAAAGCUUCAGAGGAUCAGAAGCUUUCACAUUCACCUCCAAGCUUAGAUGAGUACCCUGAGAGCACGCAGCCUUCUCCCAAGAAACCAAGGAUAGAUGCGUUGUCACCGGAUUCAGAGCGCGAUACGACUCAAGCAGAAUUCGAAUCCCAUCUGAUUGGUCCAUGGGAUCAAGAAAUCUGCGGGAAAAAUCUAUGCGGCGUUGCAUUCCCAGCGGAGGAGUUCAAAGCAGACCCUGGUAUGAGCAAAUCAUAAAGCAAAGCCUUCCUUGACGGGCAUUCGUCAUAGUUGACCUCUCCACUAGAUGAUCUCAUUCGCAUGUGAAUAUAUAUCAUCUUAACAACAGAAUGUUGUUCGGAUCUUCUGGAUCCGCACCUGAUCCUUGCAGCCAUGGCCAGUUGUUGUCACGGUAGUAUUCAUCAUACAACUCUUGUAAUUAUGAGGAUGGUGUUACAAAGUUUCUAGCCAGCAUUUCCUUAGCCCUGAGUUGAACCAUGUAGCAAGAAAGAGCACAUGUUUACACGCAAUACAUUUGCUGUGAAGAGGGCGUGCCCCUGGAGCUACCUGAAGCUA